UGCAAAGGCAGCGGCAGAAGUCAUCGAAGGCCAUCAGUCACGAUGGUAUUCAAACCAUUCAAGCCUCCUUCGAUGAGGAAACCCCUCCAGCCUACUGUUUCGAGACCUGCCCUGCCGGCUGAAGCCACCGAGACCGACGGUCCUCCGGCGAAGAAGCCGCGUCUACAGCCUGAAAACCCGGUGGAUCUCGAAAAUACUAUCCCGUCGGCUGGACGACUGGUUAAACCUAUACUUCAGACGAAGAAGCAUGUGGAGACUUCAGCAGGCUCGGGGAGUCCUAGUGAUGUAACUAGAGAAAGAUAUUUCAAUGCUCUAUGGCGCAAAGUUACCACGAAGAAGAACAAAACGUGGGAUGGCGACGGCAUCCUCACCAUACGCGAUGGCUAUGCCUACUUGCAGGAUGUUUCUGGAAAAGACAUGGGGCGGGGGAUGCAUGGUUCUCGACUUGAACCUGGGGUUAUGCUUUCCAUCGGGGGCAAGGAAGUCGAAAUUGACUCGGAAAUGUCUAGGAAGGAGUAUCUGUCCGGUCGGCAGUUCCUAAAGGCCAAGAACGAGCCGCUUCCGACAGCACUGCCCACGAAGGCGUUUGUUCCUGUUCGAAGUAGUACUUCUGCUUCGACGACAUCUGCCAAGAGCCAACCUGCGAAGCCCAAUACGGCGACACUAGCGAAUCCUGCUUCGAAGAGAGGGACUGUCUCCAGCGCAUUCAAGAAACCGCUCUUGGAAAGCACUGUUCUGCCCCAGACUCCAUCGGAGAAGCCUGUUCCCCGCCAUGACCCGAACCAGCCUGGAGCGCUGGUUAUGAAACGGCCGGAGUCUGUGCCAAAGGGGAAACAAAUUGUUGAUGUUGUUGUUGAUCCUUUCCUGGCUAAGCAUCUGAGACCACAUCAGCGUGAGGGCGUCAAGUUCUUAUAUGAAUGUGUCAUGGGAAUGAGAUCCUUCAACGGUGAAGGUGCUAUUCUAGCAGACGAUAUGGGACUGGGGAAAACUCUACAAACUAUCGCUCUUCUAUGGACACUUCUGAAACAGAAUCCAGUAUAUGAAAGUCCUCCGGUUGUUAAGAAGGCUCUCAUUGUCUGUCCGGUCACGUUGAUUAAUAACUGGAGGAAAGAAUUCCGCAAGUGGCUGGGAAACGAACGAAUUGGCGUCUUCGUGUUUGAUGACAAGAGAAAACGAAUAACUGACUUUACCAGGGGCAAGGCUUAUAGUAUAAUGAUUGUGGGUUAUGAGAAACUCAGGACUGUGCAAGAGGGGCUAGCCAGAGGCGACAGUGUCGACAUCAUUGUUGCGGAUGAGGGUCACCGAUUAAAGACGCUUCAAAACAAGAGCGGCCAAGCAAUUCAGUCACUGAACGCUACGAAAAGGAUCAUUUUGUCUGGCACGCCGAUUCAAAAUGAUUUGAAAGAGUUCUUUGCCGCGGUAGACCUCGUCAAUCCCGGUGUCCUGGGGACUUUCAAAUCAUUCAUCAGAGAGUUCGAAGGGCCCAUUGUGAAAAGCAGACAGCCCGAGGCAACCAAGAAGGACAUCGAGAAGGGAGAGGCCAGAAAUGACGAGCUACGAGAGCUUACCUCCAAGUUUAUGCUGCGCCGGACAGCAGAUAUUCUGGCCAAAUAUCUCCCUCCAAAGACAGAAUAUGUGCUAUUCUGCAACCCGACACGCACGCAAGCCAACAUUUACCAGAACGUCCUUGCCUCCCCAGUUUUCCAAAGCGCUCUUGGGAGUUCUGAAAAUGCUCUCCAGCUUAUAACCAUUCUCAAGAAACUCUGCAACAGCCCAUCAUUGCUUUCUCCGAGAAAUGUGAACGAAACACCAAGUGAGACUAUCACCGCUCUGUUGUCUUCUUUACCGCCGAACCUCCUACGCCAUUUCUCUCCAUCAUCUAGUGCCAAGAUCCGUGUCCUGGAUCAGUUACUAGAUAAUCUACGUACAAACACCUCGGAGAAGAUAGUUUUGGUCUCCAACUACACCUCCACACUGAACUUACUAGCAACCCUGCUAACAUCUCUUUCGCUACCCUUUCUCCGCUUGGACGGCUCAACCCCUGCUCAGAAACGACAGUCGCUGGUUGAGGACUUCAAUCGCCUCCCACCGAACCUCUGCUUCGCAUUUCUCUUGUCUGCAAAAGCCGGAGGCACUGGGCUAAACUUAAUAGGCGCCAGCCGCCUGAUUUUAUUUGACGUGGACUGGAAUCCAGCUACCGAUAUCCAGGCCAUGGCCCGAAUCCAUCGUGACGGCCAGAAACACCACUGUCGAAUAUACCGCAUUCUCCUCAAAGGCAGUCUUGAAGAGAAAAUCUGGCAGCGUCAGGUGACCAAGAUCGGGCUUGCAGAUAGCGUCAUGGAACACCGGGACAGCGUGGCCCAAUUCUCGCGGGACGAGCUUAAGGACCUGUUCCGGCUGGACGAAGAAAGCAAAUGCCAAACCCACGAACUCCUAGGCUGCAACUGCGGCGGCAAUGGCAUUCUACAACACGAACCCGACUCAAAGGACAAAUCCGAUGACGAACAAUCAACCUCAAGCGACUCCGAGAUAGAAGACUUCCCCGAUCUCCCCACCCUCCUCAAAGCCUCCGAAGUGGACAUGGAAAAACAAGAGCAACGGAUCCGAGACUCGCGCGCAGCUCUUCGAUUCGGGUCCAACCGUUCAUCGAAAUCCGGAAAGAGCGACAGUAACGGGACCACCAAGCAAAAGCACCGAAUGCAGCAAUCCCUCUCCCAAUACUGCCAUAUCGACCCCGGUCAUCUUAUCUCCAACGAGACAAACACCCCUGAAGGAAUCGACUCCGCACUCGACGAUGACGUUCUUCUCUCUCUUCUCAAGGAUGAGGAUAACCGCAUUGGCUUCAUUUUCAAGAAGUCCUCCACGGCAGAGGCAGAAGCGAAGGGGGAUACACCGUCACCGCCGGUGAUUGUUCUGGACUGAUUGAAAGAGUUGAUUAUAUACAUAGAUAGAUGCCUAGUUGCCUAGAUUUCGGUUCCUUGUCUCGUCCAAUCUCGUCUCG